AUGAGGGUCUUCAUCGCCUUCGAUGGUUCUUGUGAGCCUUUUGACAUCUCUCCUGACCAGACCGUGGGGAGCGUAAAACUGAUGGUCAAGGAUUACUUCCAUGUGCAACUGUCAGACGACAAGCAGGUGAGGCACUUCCUGGAGCUGAGCUAUGCUGGUGCCAUCCUUCUGGACAGCUGGGUCCUGACAGACGUUGGCAUCACCCCUAGCAGUGUCAUCUGCUGCCUGCUGAAGCAGGAGCCGGUGGUGCGUGUGUUCAGUGCCGUGACGGGGGAGACCCUCUCAGUCUUGGGCACUGUGUUUCUCCUGAGUACGUCUGUGGCCAGGCUCAUGACCCUGGUGUCCCAGCAGUGUGGGCUUCCCGUCAGCUCCUUCAGACUGAGCUCUCCCACCGGCCUGCAACUCUACGACUGCAACCGGCUCCACGACUACGCCAUUGACCUGGGGGCUACUCUACGGUUGGACACCUGGGAUGGGUGGGCGGAGUUACUCAGAGGCUGUUUCCUGGGACACAGACUGACCGUCCAACGACACCUGUCUAGGAAGAGACCUGUGAUGAGGUUCCAGCUCCGGGUGGCACUCUACAUCGCUGCUUCUCUGGGCCACCUGGACCUGGCCGGCUGGCUGCUGGAGAGGGGGGUGCGUGCCAUUGAGCCGGUGGGGGUACACCCUUACCGUGAGUGGUGCCACCAGAUGGCCCACCCUGACGCCGCCAAGUGUCCCGCAGUCGCCUCCAUCGAGCGCGGCCAGCUCACCAUCCUCAAACUCUUUAUCGCCAGCAGCGUUCUGACCCUUGCCUGUCGGGAUCCCCAGGGUCGUGACCCCCUGAGGAUCGCCCUCCAGCACGGCCACAGGGAGUGUGUGCGUCACCUGGCCACCAAGCUGUGCUCUGUGGUGGUCCUCCCAGGUAUGGCUCUGCCCAUGCGGACAUACGUCCAGAUAAAGCGCUGGGUGAGGCUGGGGCAGAGGAGGGCAGCAUCCAGGCACUGCAUCGGCCUCAACAGGGCUCCGUUCAGGACCAGGGUGGGCGACACGGUCCUGGUGGACGGCUUCACCCUCCCCAAGAUGUCCUCCAAGCCCAGGAGGAGUGAGGCCAAGGCGGGUUUCAGGGUGACGUCCAAAGCCUCUCAACCUUUGACCCCCAUCAACUGCCCGUCUCAUGUAUCCUGCAUGCUCCGCGCCUUGUCAUCCCAGCAUGCACCUCUUCAACUACCAAAGCUACACCCUGUGGCCACGAGGGAUGAAAGAGAGAAGAAGAGAGGGAAGAAGAGGGGAUGUGGAGGGAAGGGAUGUGAGGAGGAUGAGAGUGGGGAUCAGAACAGCAACCAAUGGAGGAGCAGAGUCCCGCUCCCGCCCAUUUCCAGAGACACCAAUCUCAGACCUGUGUUUGCUUCUGCCUCGCCAAACUCCGCCCAGAUCCUCACCACCUCACUGGAGUCCUUUUCUCUCCACUGCAACCGCACACCCAGAGAAAACGCCAUAUACUGUUUGGCCUUGGCCAGUGCCUUCACACAGAGACCAUGGCUGCAGCAGCUGAAUGUAGCACGGACUCUGGCCAGGAGGAGUGCUCAGCACAUUGGGUAGACACCAGGAUCCUGGUCAUUAGGCAGAUUAAACAUACUGAAACAAGGAGGGACAACCUGGACUUGUCCAAAAAGGAACUCUUAUUUAAGUUUUCUGUUCGGGAAAAACAUAUAUAUAUUUUUUUACGUUUUCCAUUGUGUGCCCUCAUGAACACGAUCCAGAGAUCAACUGCACUAACUGGUACCUCACAAAGUACCUGUAUUGUCACUAACAAGGGAGGAAAAUACAGUGAACAAGAUGAGACUUUGGAACAGAUGAUGCCUGAAACAAUGUGGACGACGAAGAAUUUAGUUCCUUUUGAUGAGGCUUAUAGAUAUAGUCAAUACUGUGUUUGAUUUGUGUGUAGACAGUUUAUAACGGCAGGCAGUGGAUUCUCAGUCAUUCGUAUUCUCAAGUAACAAAAACGUAUCAUAUUUCACUGGCUAUUUGUAGUAGCCAAAUGUGAAUGGAAUUAUUAUUCUAGACUUUAUUCUAGAAUCAUUCAGUUGAAUGAAUGUAUGUGGUUGUACUGUAUGUGAUUGUAAGUGUUUGACAUGGGUCAAAUUGAGGCUCCAAACCCCCCCACUUACUACUAGUUUUUGUCCUUAGAAAUCCUGACUUGCUGAUGAAGAUGUAUAGUGGUUGAAAUCAAUGUAAAAUACACAGAAUGAACACUGCUGCCUUAAAACUAUUUAUUAAGAUGUGGAUCAUAAUUGCUCAUAAAUGAG